AUGCUGCACGAGAGGUUUGGCGCGAGCCUGCUCGAGUGGUGCGGGGCGGAGCACUUAGCUAAGUACGAGGGUCUGGUGGAAGCAGCAGUAGACUUAGACGCUCUGCAGUCAAACGGAGAGUAUUUAAUAGCUCCAGGUUAUGACCCAAGCCUAGGGGAGAUUAAAGAGGAGAGGGAGGGGGUUGAAGUCGAAGUGCAGAGAGCAUUGCAGCAAGCAGCAAACGAUUUAGGUUUUGUGGGGCGCAUACUGUACAUGGCGGCUCAACGGGAGCUGGUGAACAAAGUGGUGGAAGUGGCACAGACGUUCUUGGAGCGGGAGCUGGUGAACAAGGUUGUGGAAGUGGCGCAGAUGUUCUUGGAGGUGUUUGAGGGCGUGGCAGCACUCAUUGCCGAAAUGGACGUGCUUCAGGGCUUUGCCGAGCUAGCAGCUUCGGCACCCACUCCCUAUGAGGAGGGCGACAUAGUGUUGGAGGACAGGCGGCAUCCAUGUGUGGAGGUGCAGGAUGACGUCAGCUCCAUCCCCAACCACUGCCACCUGGUGGGGGUGGUGGUGCUGAUGGCGCAGGUGGGGUGCUUCGUGCCUUGCUCCCGCGCACACGUGGGGGUGGUGGUGCUGAUGGCACAGGUGGGCUCGUUUGUGCCUUGCUCCCGCGCACACGUGAGCAUCCGAGACGCCAUCUUUCCACGCGUAGGCGUUGGCGAUUGCCAGGUGCGGGGGGGAAUUGGAAUGGACAAGCUGGAAGGAAGUGGAAUGACCAUUGCUUGCUUGCCCCUAUACUGUCGGCUCGGCUCUCCUCCCUGCACGCCGCCUCACUUGGUUCCACAUCUUCAACCCGUCUUCGACAUCUUGAACCCCUCUUCCACAUCUUCAACCCAUCUUCGACAUCUUCAACCCCUCUUCCACAUCUUCAAUCCCUCUUCCACAUCUUCAACCCCUCUUCCACAUCUUCGACCCCUCUUCCACAUCUUCAACCCCUCUUCCAUAUCUUCAACCCCUCUUCCCCAUCUUCAACCCCUCUUCACCACCUUCAACCCCUCUUCCCCAUCUUCAACCCCUCUUCACCACCUUCAACCCCUCUUCCCCAUCUUCAACCCCUCUUCCACAUCUUCAACCCCUCUUCUCCAUCUUCAACCCCUCUUCCACAUCUUCAACCCCUCUUCCCCAUCUUCAACCCCUCUUCCACAUCUUCAACCCCUCUUCCCCAUCUUCAACCCCUCUUCCACAUCUUCAACCCCUCUUCCCCAUCUUCAACCCCUCUUCCACAUCUUCAACCCCUCUUCCCCAUCUUCAACCCCUCUUCCGCAUCUUCAACCCCUCUUCCACAUCUUCAACCCCUCUUCCACAUCUUCAACCCCUCUUCCCCAUCUUCAACCCCUCUUCCCCAUCUUCAACCCCUCUUCCCCAUCUUCAACCCCUCUUCCCCAUCUUCAACCCCUCUUCCCCAUCUUCAACCCCUCUUCCACAUCUUCAACCCCUCUUCCCCAUCUUCAACCCCUCUUCCGCAUCUUCAACCCCUCUUCCCCAUCUUCAACCCCUCUUCCACAUCUUCAACCCCUCUUCCCCAUCUUCAACCCCUCUUCCACAUCUUCAACCCCUCUUCCCCAUCUUCAACCCCUCUUCCGCAUCUUCAACCCCUCUUCCCCAUCUUCAACCCCUCUUCCACAUCUUCAACCCCUCUUCCCCAUCUUCAACCCCUCUUCCCUUUCUUCAAUCUCUCUUCCCCAUCUUCAACCCCUCUUCCACAUCUUCAACCCCUCUUCCACAUCUUCAACCCCUCUUCCCCAUCUUCAACCCCUCUUCCCUUUCUUCAAUCUCUCUUCCCCAUCUUCAACCCCUCUUCCACAUCUUCAACCCCUCUUCCACAUCUUCAACCCCUCUUCCCCAUCUUCAACCCCUCUUCCCUUUCUUCAAUCUCUCUUCCCCAUCUUCAACCCCUCUUCCACAUCUUCAACCCCUCUUCCCCAUCUUCAACCCCUCUUCCACAUCUUCAACCCCUCUUCCACAUCUUCAACCCCUCUUCCACAUCUUGAGCCCCUCUUCCCAAUCUUCAAUCCCUCUUCCCCAUCUUCAACCCCUCUUCCCCAUCUUCAACCCCUCUUCCACAUCUUCAACCCCUCUUCCCCAUCUUCAACCCCUCUUCCCCAUCUUCAACCCCUCUUCUCCAUCUUCAACCCCUCUUCCACAUCUUCAACCCCUCUUCCACAUCUUCAACCCCUCUUCCCCAUCUUCAACCCCUCUUCCACAUCUUCAACCCGUCUUCCACAUCUUCAACCCCUCUUCCACAUUUUGAGCCCCUCUUCCCAAUCUUCAAUCCCUCUUCCCCAUCUUCAACCCCUCUUCCCCAUCUUCAACCCCUCUUCCACAUCUUCAACCCCUCUUCCCCAUCUUCAACCCCUCUUCCACAUCUUCAACCCCUCUUCCCCAUCUUCAACCCCUCUUCCACAUCUUCAACCCCUCUUCCCCAUCUUCAACCCCUCUUCCACAUCUUCAACCCCUCUUCCCCAUCUUCAACCCCUCUUCCACAUCUUCAACCCCUCUUCCCCAUCUUCAACCCCUCAUCCCCAUCUUCAACCCCUCUUCCACAUCUUCAACCCCUCAUCCCCAUCUUCAACCCCUCUUCCAUAUCUUCAACCCCUCUUCCCCAUCUUCAACCCCUCUUCCCCAUCUUCUACCCCUCUUCCACAUCUUCAACCCUUCUUCCCCAUCUUCGACCCCUCUUCCCCAUCUUCAACCCCUCUUCCCCAUCUUCAACCCCUCUUCCCCAUCUUCAACCCCUCUUCCCCAUCUUCAACCCCUCUUCCCCAUCUUCAACCCCUCUUCCCCAUCUUCAACCCCUCUUCCACAUCUUCAACCCCUCUUCCCCAUCUUCAACCCCUCUUUCGCAUCUUCAACCCCUCUUCCCCAUCUUCAACCCCUCUUCCACAUCUUCAACCCCGCUUCCCCAUCUUCUACCCCUCUUCCCCUUCUUCAAUCUCUCUUCCCCAUCUUCAACCCCUCUUCCACAUCUUCAACCCCUUUUCCACAUCUUCAACCCCUCUUCCCCAUCUUCAACCCCUCUUCCACAUCUUCAACCCCUCUUCCCCAUCUUCAAUCCCUCUUCCACAUCUUCAACCCCUCUUCCCCAUCUUCAACCCCUCUUCCACAUCUUCAACCCCUCUUCCCCAUCUUCAACCCCUCAUCCCCAUCUUCAACCCCUCUUCCACAUCUUCAACCCCUCAUCCCCAUCUUCAAUCCCUCUUCCACAUCUUCAACCCCUCUUCCCCAUCUUCAACCCCUCUUCCCCAUCUUCUACCCCUCUUCCACAUCGUCAACCCCUCUUCCCCAUCUUCAACCCCUCUUCCCCAUCUUCAACGCCUCUUCCCCAUCUUCAACCCCUCUUUCUCAUCUUCAACCCCUCUUCCCCAUCUUCAACCCCUCUUCCCCAUCUUCAACCCCUCUUCCCCAUCUUCAACCCCUCUUCCCCAUCUUCGACCCCUCUUCCACAUCUUCCACAUCUUCGACCCCUCUUCCCCAUCUUCCACAUCUUCGACCCCUCUUCCCCAUCUUCCACAUCUUCGACCCCUCUUCCCCAUCUUCCCCAUCUUCGACUCCUCUUCCUCAUCUUCCACAUCUUCGAACCCUCUUCCACAUCUUCCACAAAUUCGACCCAUCUUCCCCAUCUUCCACAUCUUCGACCCCUCUUCCACAUCUUCCACAACUUCGACCCAUCUUCCCCAUCUUCGACCCCUUUUCCACAUCUUCCAUAUCUUUGACCCCUCUUCCCCAUCUUCCCCAUCUUCGACCCCUCUUCCACAUCUUCCACAUCUUCGACCCCUCUUCCCCAUCUUCCCCAUCUUCGACCCCUCUUCCACAUCUUCCACAUCUUCCACAUCUCCGACCCCUCUUCCACAUCUUCCACAUCUUCGACCCCUCUUCCCCAUCUUCCACAUCUUCGACCCCUCUUCCACAUCUUCCACAUCUUCGACCCCUCUUCCCCAUCUUCGACCCCUCUUCCACAUCUUCGACAUCUUCGACCCCUCUUCCACAUCUUCCACAUCUUCGACCCCUCUUCCACAUCUUCGACAUCUUCCACAUCUUCGACGCCUCUUCCACAUCUUCGACAUCUUCGACAUCUUCGACCCCUCUUCCACAUCUUCGACAUCUUCGACCCCUCUUCCACAUCUUCGACAUCUUCCACAUCUUCGACAUCUUCCACAUCUUCGACCCCUCUUCCACAUCUUCGACAUCUUCGACCCCUCUUCGACAUCUUCGACCCCUCUUCCCCAUCUUCGACAUCUUCGACCCCUCUUCCCCAUCUUCGACCCCUCUUCCCCAUCUUCGACAUCUUUGACCCCUCUUCCCCAUCUUCGACAUCUUCGACCCCUCUUCCGCAUCUUCCCCACCUUCGACCCCUCUUCCCCAUCUUCCCCACCUUCGACCCCUCUUCCCCAUCUUCCCCACCUUCGACCCCUCUUCCCCAUUUUCCCCACCUUCGACCCCUCUUCCCCAUCUUCCCCACCUUUGACCCCUCUUCCCCAUCUUCCCCACCUUCGACCCCUCUUUCCCAUCUUCCACACCUUCGACCCCUCUUCCCUUUCUUCCACACCUUCGACCCCUCUUCCCCAUCUUCCACACCUUCGACCCCUCUUCCCCAUCUUCCACACCUUCGACCCCUCUUCCCCAUCUUCCACACCUUCGACCCCUCUUCCCCAUUUUCCACAUUUUCCACGCUGGCUCUUCCACAUUUUCUCUACUGAGGCGGGACUGAGGGGAGUGAGCACCUUCAUGGCGGAGAUGCUGGAAACAGCUGCAAUUCUGCAUGCCGCCACGCCGCACUCACUGGUGAUCAUCGAUGAGUUGGGGAGGGGGACGUCCACUUAUGACGGCUUUGGCCUCGCCUGGGCUAUCUGUCUCGCCUGGGCUAUCUGUGAACACCUAGUGGAUGUGACAAGAGUGCCCACCCUCUUUGCCACCCACUUUCACGAGCUCACGGCUCUCGAGACCCGCGAUGAUUCCAGUGGUGUUGCCAACUUCCACGUCAGCGCGCACAUCGACGAAGCUUCCAGGAAACUCACCAUGCUUUACAAGGUGCAACCGGGCCCGUGUGAUCAGAGCUUUGGCAUCCACGUGGCGGAGUUUGCACACUUCCCUCCCGAGGUGGUGGCCAUGGCAUGCGCCAAGGCACAGGAGCUCAAAGACUUUGCCCCUCCUGCUGCUCAUGGCACUGCUGCUGGUGCAGAUAAUGAUGCUGGUGCUGCUCAUGGUGCCGCUGCUGCUGCUGAUGCUGCUGCUGCUGCUGCUUCUGCUGCUACUGCUGGUGGUGCUGCUGCUGGUGCUGGUGCGGGUGCUGGUGCAGCCAAGCGUAAGCGGGAGGGAGGGGAGGAGUAG